AUGUUUGUGGAGGUCAAUGUUCUGACUCCCGCGACACCCAGCAGCAAGACCGAUGCUAAUGUCCAAGCAAUGAUGGAUCCCAACGCGCCCUAUUAUGUCGAUGGUAGAGAUGUCGUCAAAUGGACGAGUCACAGACUAUUUGGAGCGAAUAACAUUGGUCGUAUAGAGUUCACAGAGUCUGAUGAUUAUGCAUUCGAUUCAACAUUCUGGAGCCACGUCAAUGUAAAUGACCUUAUGGCUAAGAUGUCGGCUCGAUCAGUCGUGCUGGCAUUCAAUAUGGUGCGCAGUCUAACGUUCUCAAUAUGUCAUGUCCCAUUGACAACAUUGGUGUUACAACUCGGCCAAGAUGAUCAGAUGCCCAACUGCACUAUGCUCCCAUGCACAUUGACUGAACUAACAAUUGGUGGACAGUUCAACUCAACACUUGGUGCUCUGCCAGACAAUCUGAUAACAUUGAAACUUAUGGUCGACAUCCCGAUUGCACCAGGGACUCUCCCACUCCGUCUCAGGAGUAUAUUCUUUGGAGGAGAAUUCAAUCAACCGAUUGCCGAUGGAACAUUCCCGCCAACCCUAGAGAGAGUACACUUUGGUGGAUCCUUUGAUCAACCACUCACCAGCACCAACCUUCCUGAAUCGGUCACCGAUGUCACUCUGAUCAAUUCAUAUUACCGCCAUCCAUUCAGUCAUCGUGCAUGUGUCAAACUAAUAAUGCGAAGGGAUACAAUCUUUGCUCCUGGCAUCGUCUUUCCCAACCUCACGCAACUGGAAACACUAGUGAGUGCUGAUGUUCUGAUCCCAUCCACGUUCCCAGCACUCAGAUCACUUGAUUACCAUGUUUGGAAUUACCUUGAGAUGGACUACUCGACACUUCCUCACACACUGACUGAACUUAAUACCAAUGUGGGGCGACAAAUCACUUCAUUCCCUCAUGGACUCGAUCAUUUGUACCUUCGAUGUAGUGGGUCUGGCUUCAGAUUGACCAACACGACAUUGCCUCGAUCACUCCGAUCACUCUCACUCUUCGCCUAUAAACAUCCAAUCGAAGCUGAAUUGCUUCCAGCGACACUCACAUCACUCACUACGAUCAAUUGUAAGCAUGUACUUGAUCCAAGACAGAUACCGCCGUCAAUACAUACAUUGAGCAUCAGACUCCAGCCGGUGGAUACCAAGCAUUUGGCACAGGUGUUGGCAACUACAUCAUUGUUUAGCAUCAUUUUAUCUGAUAGGGGUAGCUUCUACCACGAGCUGUAUCGAAUCAGUGACACACUCUUCCUCAAGUAUGAACAUUCCAUUCUCUUCAGGGUGACUGAAUGUGCAUUCAUUGACAUUGACUCAAUCAUUGCAUUGUACCAUAAAUCAAAAGAUUAA